AAAGAGUAUACUGUCAAAAGCAGAUCAAUCAAUUGUCAAACGUUUUCUAGUCUAGUUUUAUGUAUACUAAUUUGUUUAAAAUAAAAUAAAUAAUUUAUAAUAAGACGACAUGAUAAAUAUCUUCAAGGAGUGUUUUCUUCAGUAAAUUUACGGUAUUAAAAUUCUAGAAAAAUGGAAGUGACUGCAGGAGCAGAAGAGGGUUUUGUUCGUGAAUGGACACCUUGCUCGCAUAUUUUAAAUUUAAUUCCACCUCGCAUUCAAAAUGGUUUAUUUUCUAAUGAACUCUGCCUAACUUGUGUGGAUGCGGUCAGUGAAUACAUUGCGCUGGGAACAAAUGUCGGCUUGGUGUAUUGGUACGAUCGGAAAAAAGGAAACAUCCAACGUUUAAGAUGUGAGACAACAACGAGCCCCAUAACUUAUGUGAAGAUCGUAAGCACAGUGGACUUCAUGGUGGGUGCUGGCAAUGCUGCUGGUCAGGUCACUGUGUUCCAAAUACCGAAGGAGCAUCCAGAGAAUGUUCCGGAUACAUUUAAACCUAAAGUAGAACCCAAAGUUGAGAGGUAUACAAUAGGUGAUCUUCACAAAAGCAAAAUAACAGCAAUAGAAUGGUCUAAAAAUGGCAUGAGACUGUUCUCUGGUGACAAGAAUGGUGUUAUCAUCAUGACUGAGAUAGAUUUUUAUAUGCAUCUAUGCAAGUCAAUGGAGAUAGUGAACGAAGAGCACGAAAUAGUCCAGAUGAGUUACUACCAGAACACGCUGCUGGUGUCCAGCGUGUAUCGCAGCAUCGUGUGCGAGCGGCGCGACGCCCGCUGGCACGUCUCGCAGCUCGGCAAGAAGGAGCGCAAGAGCCUGUGCUCGCUGGGCGCGGUGUUCGCGUACUCGUACGCCCGCGGCGGCGGCGGCGGCGCCGCGCCGGCGGCGUACUGCGCGCGGCCCGGGCUGCGGCUGUGGCGCGCCGACCGCGCCGGCACCGUGCACCAGACGCUACUUUUCAAGGAAGCAAUAUCAAAUCCGUUGACAGUCGCCGAACUGCUGAACCCCUCGCUCCGGAAGCACUCUCAUUCGGACGGGGAGUACAACCUGGGGCCGCUGUAUGUGUUCCGCGAACACUUCCUCGUGUCGCACAACGAGCACUUCCUGUACAUAUUGGACCCGAGGUCGUUGACCGCGGUCGCUGUUGUGGAUGACCUCAGGCGGAUCCUGUCGGUGUCGGUGAACAAAGACGAGAUCUUCGUGCUGGAGGGGCCGCGGUCGCUGCUGCGGCUCGCGCACUCGCCCGAGCCGGCCGCGCUGGCGCCAGAGCAACCGAUCAACUUGAUGACCAAGUCGCUGACGACGUCCCUGCAGCAGGCGGUGAACACCAUGCGGGACAUCACCCUCGACCAGACGGUACCCUACAUCACCAGCGUGCUCGAGCAACCCAUCUCCAUCUUCACGACCAACGACGUUGAGACCGGCGUCGUCGCCAGUGCCGAGGAGUGCUUCGAACUGCCGCCCAUCAAGCACCUACCGAAUGAUAUCUCGAAUAAUGUGUUGGAAUCGAUUAUAAACGAGUUCAGAGACGUCUCCGCUGAUGACGAGAUCAGACGAGCUAAAUCUGAGGAAUUGCAGAGGAAGCUGAAGUUGUAUAACAGUAUAAUGGAGAAGAAGUGUGACGAGGAACUGAUACAUAGCCGGAGGAGCAGGAGGAAAGACGGCGGCUCCGGGGCCAGUACUCCUCGGCUUGCGACCCCCGUGAGGAAAUUGGAUAACGUCAGCUAUACCAGUCCAUGCUUGAUGAACGUCAGCAUAUAUGACAAUGCACCACCAAACGACGAGCUUCUAGAACAAGAAAUAGAGGAGAAAGAGAAGAUUCUAGCCAAGAUGCUGAACCUCGAAUCACUCAGCAUCACCGGUCACAAGCCGCAAGAAGAUGACGCAGUACCAAACGAUAUUACCGUAGUACCAACAUACAAACAAAUUGACGUACAACCGGUAAACGAAACCGAAAAACCGGUUACACCGAAACACCUAAAAGCGGAUGUGAAAAAAGAAAAACCGGUUAAAAUAGAUCGACCGGUAGAAAACGUUAAAAUAGCAAAAACUAUUAGCCCAUUCAAUUUAGUGCCCAAACUGGUACAGUUACCGAACAAUUGGAAUCUCGAAAAUAUUGAACUGAAAUUAGAAAAGCAAAAUGGUUUGAGCAAAAAUAAUGUACAAAAUAUCAUAUCUCCAGACGAUAACUUCGAGAGCGAAUGGGAAAUAAUCUGAUAUAGUAAGAGACCAAAGUAAGCCAUAUUGGUCUUUGGUUUGGUAAUACCGUACCAUAGGAUUUAUUUAGUAAUUCAAAUGAGGCAACCCAAGACACAUAAGUUUACAAUUCUAAACAUUUCUUAACACUUCUUUGCAUAAUGGUGGAAAUUUCCAUCAUAACAUUGAAUGCUCAAAAAUUAUGUAAAAGAACUAGUUCACUUUAAGUUGAUCGUGUAUGGAUACCUUUUUAAUGUCCAUUGCAGAUAAAAAAACAUAGCUGUCAAAUUUAUUUUUUUAACCAUUUUUUCUUUAAUUUUGAAUAUGAUUUUUAACCUUGAUUUAUUUCACCAAUAAAAAAAAAUCAUGCAAAGAAGGGUUAAAGAUUUUCGUGACCUAGUUGUCUUACAAACACCCAAGGUCAUGAAUUCUAAUUGUAGCCAGAACUAAAAAAAAUUGCGUAUCUGUUUGCAUUUCUAGCUAACUCUCCGGUACUACUCGUGUAAAGUUGUCGCCCUCUACCGUCAUUUCUAGACUGCCUUCGUUAUACGCGAAGGAUUCUGACGUGGCUUAUCGAACCACGGUUAUACCCUCCAAAGCAGGAAUUAGGUGAAAAUCCUUACUAAAAUUAUAAAUGUGAAAAUGAAUUUGUUACCUUCUAACGUCUUAACGGUUUAACCAAUCGCUAUGAAAUUUGAUUGUACUAUAUGGGAUAUAGGCGACUUUUUAUUCCAACUAGUAAACGUAUCCUGGUCAUGUGGACAAAGUCGCGGGUAAAAGAUAGUCAUUUAUAAAUGGUCUAAAUAUGGAAAAUUCAAUAAUUUAAUAUCUAUACGAAAGUAUUUAUUUGGUGUCCAUAUACUAUAUGGGAUAUAGGCGACUUUUAUUCCAGCUAGUGUUUACUAGCUUUAUCCCGGUCAUGUGGACGAAGUCGCGGGUAAAAGAUAGUCAUUUAUAAAUAGUCCAAAUGUGAAUUUAAAAAUUCUGAAUUUCAAAGUUAUUAGAAUAUAUUAGAGAGGGUUAAAAUAAACGGGUCGUUAACAAGAGGAGCAGCGUGUGUGUGUAUGCAAUUGUAUGGAGCUCUUCACGACUGUAUCGUGGAUUUGCAUGUAAAUUCAAAAGCAUCUGAUUGAAACUAUGUAUGUAUAAUAUUUAGCUGUUUGUUUUUUUUUUAUUGUGAUGGAAAAAUAAUACGAUAUGGUGCCUGCCUUCAAAAUAUUAAAAUACAAUUAAGAAUGUGCAUUUAUUUAGAGGCUUCAUUUUACACACAUAUAUAUAUAUAUAUAUAUAUAUAUAUAUAUAUAUAUAUGUAUAUAUGUAUAUGUAUAUAUAUAUAUAAUGCAAAUUUCUAUAUAUUUUUCUCUCUCUCUCUGCAGUUAAACCGAAUUAUUUGUAUUUAAUUUAGAAAUGUGAUAUUAUUUUUAAUUUAGCUAUUUCUUAUUUUUGGUUAAGUGGAAAUUUAUAAUAUUAAAAAAAACACGAUAAACAUAUUACCAUCUCCUUUUUUUAAGGUUGGUUAAACAGUAAUAUAGUAUAAAAGUCAAUAGCUUUUCCACAACUUAAAGCACGCUUUAACUAUAUUUUCUUUAUUAUUAUGUUAACUACCUCAAAUUUCUUUUUUUCUUUAAUUAUUUUAUAUUUUUGUGUUGGUUUGAUUUUUAUACGAUUUUUUUAGUUUUUUUUUUAUUUAUUAAUUAAUCUUCAAAAGUUGAAUAUAAAAAAAAUAUUUCUAAUCUCAAACUUUUUUUUUAUGUAUAACUCUAUAGGUGUACUAACUCGAAGGCGAGCGAACAUUAAUGCUUUAUUGAAAUUAUUUAUAUGAUUAUUUAUAUUGUACAAAAUAUAUAAAUAUUGUUCUCGAAUUUUCGAAUACUAUUUAUUAUUCUGCUUUUUACGAUCAUCAAUAGAAAAUAUAUAUAUAAAUAAAAAUUAAGUAUUAUAUAAUAAUAUAAAAAAGUAAAUAAUAAUGCAUUGAUCUCGAUGAAUUUUGUUUUGUGUAUUAAAAGUAUUGUUUGUUACAUUUGGGUUAUUAAAAUAAUGUAAGUAAUCGGUCGUGUGCUUCGAGGGAAAAGGGACGGAAUCGGCAUGCAUGUACACUAGGCAUAUUUAAUUUGGAUACCGAUCUGAUAUCUAUAUAUUGGGUUCCACUGGACAUUGACGACGGAAAAUAGGUCAUCGCCCAUUUCGAUAUCGCCCAUAUCGGUCGGAUAUCUAUUUUCGAAUGUGUUAAAAGUCUGUGAUCCGAUAUUUUUUGGAUAACAAACUUUUACAGUUUACUUUUACUAUUACAAAAUAUUUUUUUUUUUAACAAUGUCUAUACAUAAUAACUUUAUUAUAUAUAAAUUGUUAUUUGGUUUUAAUAAUUUUGGUCAAUUGGCUCAGCAAAUAGUUAUAUUUGUUUAUUUUUGUUAUGUUAUAUUAGGACUGUGUUUAUUAUUUUACUAGAAAAAAAAAUCUUAGAUAAAAAUAUAUACCAUAUAUGAACUUUAUGGACUAAUAAUUUUAUCAACUAAAAUGUGAUAAUGUGGUUUUCAAUGGGUGAUAAUGGAAUGGUAACCCCACCCGCGCUAUCGGUAUACACCGGCGGGGCACCAGUGAAGGAUGAUAGGUGGGGAUGAAGCAGGUCAGAUAGCCCAUCGUGAUGAAUUCAACAAGAAUUGUUCACGAUGGUUUUCAGGGGGAACCACGUGGAGGUCGACCUAAUAGGGCAUAUUGCUAGCAAUGGGGCUGUCAAACUCCAUUGCUAACAAUCCCUUUCUCCCUGUGAUAAUGUGUUAUCAACUCUUAAUUUUUGAAUAAUUAGAAAUUUUAUUUCAUAAUAACUGUAACUGAAUAAUGUCUCGUCAAUGGGUGAAUGUGUUUUAAUAGAGAGGUAAAUACGCAAUGCAUGAGCGGAAAUAUGCGCCUUAUAAGUUAAUUAGACUAGUAGAUUAAGAGUAUUGUCACGUGUGAGGUGGCGGGCUUUAUUGGCACUUUUAUAUCACAGAGCACGAACUGAGAACGUUUUAAGAGCUAACAAAAAAAAUAAUAAUUAAUUAUUUAUUUAUUUUUAUUUAUUUACAGGAAAACUAGGGCUACACUAGAGCAAAAAGUACAGUUUAGGAUCACAAAAUAAGCCACUAAUAGGUUUUCACAAGUAGCAACAAUAUAGAUACAAGGCGCUGUACACAAAGCAACAAAAAUAGGAGUUAACAAAAAAAGUGAAGUUAAAAGCUUGAAAAAAAAAAAUGAACAAACAAGAUCGAAAACAAAAAAAAAUUAUGAAUGCAAUACAAAGUAAAAAUUAAUUACAAGUAUUUGAUUUAAAUAUGGCCUCCUUGUCCAUACAAUAGCUAUUCAAACUGACUAUGAAUAAACAAUUGCCUACUCAGUUGGUCUCCCACUGAUAUUAUGUUUUUCGAAAAUAGAUCUAUAUUAAGAGUUUUAGAAAUAGUAUUAAAGUUAUUGCUAGCUCGCCAAAGGAACGAAUUUUGUCUAUAAUUCGAUGACACUGAUAAUAACAUAUUUAUACAAAAGUAGUACAUUACAGAGUUUAUCUCCUGUCAAGCAGAGAUUGCUUGUGUUAGGUGAAACCGCUCUUUCAUAACAAUAUUUCACAGUUAUUACAAUGAACUUUUUUUUUUAUAAAAUGAAUGUCAUAAUUAAUUAAUAUACAGAAAUAUUUAUUGUAUUUAUAAGACCACUCAUGGCCGUACCCAGCUUUUGGCCUAGGGUGGGGGGAGGGGAGGGCCAAGUAAGAUUAUGGCGAUAAGUCUGAGGUGGCGGGCUUAAUUGGCACUUUUACAUCACAAAGUACAACUUAAUGUUCUGGGAAGUUAAGUUAAAAAAAGGAAUGGGUGGAAUACACACAUGGGUGUAGCCAACUUUUGGGAGAAGCGGUCAGGUCAGGUUUGUGGCGAUUGUGAUGCUUGCUUACAGUUUUUCAAAAGAUAACACCUUAAGGGGGCGCUCUUAUUUAUUUAUAUUAAAAUUCUUAUCGUCAUAUCAGCCUUUAUGUCCACUGCCUCCCCUUUGGGGGGGGGGGGGAUAUCAUAUCAUCUGUCAUACAUUCAGUGCUGCAGUGCUGAACCUAGGCCUCUCUCGUAAUGUGGGAUUAUGUCAGUAGUUGCUAUGUUUGCUUUUGAAACCGCUGUAAGGCUUUGGAGAUGUUUUAAGAGGGAAGCUGCUGCCCAUCCCUCGCCCUCCCUUAGUCGUCUCUUACGAUACCCACGGGAAAGGAAGCGGUGGCCUAAUCACACUUAUUAGUAUUAAAAUCAUAUUACGAUUCAUUUAGUAUAAUGCAUAUGUAUGUAUCUCAUUAAACUAGAAAACUGUGAAGCUCAUCCAGUUAAUGUAGUAAAUAAAUAAAUAAAAAAUAAAUAAGUUAAUCAUAGAAUUAAGUAUAAUUGAUAAUUAAAAAAUAUUAAUUCUAUUUUAUCAAAAAUAUCGAAUUUAUCCAUCUCAUUGUUAAAUAUAAUUUUGGGUAGCUUUUAUUUUUUAAUAAAUGCCUAUCUAAAACACAUAAGCCCCCCUCCUGGGGGGCGCCAGUAAUUGCCAUGCAAAACCCAUAAUGCAAUGGUACAAUGACACGCAUUUAUAUGAUUAUAAUAGUUUUAUAUGCUAUUUAUUACACGUAAUAUAGUACUCGGUUUUUCAUUCGCGCUAUUUCAGUGUUCGAUGAUUGCAAUAUACUUUAUUGUAUUGCAACAAAAUCGAAAUUGGCUUGACAAUGAAUUCAAUUACAACUUUCAUAUAUAUAUAUAUAUGUACUCACGUAUGUGUGCCUCGGCUUCGCCUCGGCCCAGAUUUGCACGUUCGUCCAUCAAUGCCUCAGUUGCUGGCUGCUGCAGUAAUGUACUAUUAUAACAUUAGGGGCAAACGAGCACGCAGCUCACUUGACAGUAAGUGAUUACCGCCGCCCAUAGACACCCGCAACCUUAGAGAAAUUGCAGGUGUGUUGCCGACCCUUUAAGAAGGAAUAUACUCUUCUUGAAUGUUAUAUAUAUAUAUAUAUAUAUAUAUAUAUAUAUAUAUAUAUAUAUAUAUAUAUAUAAAUAAACCAAAUAAAUUAAUAUAUUAUAUAUGACACUUUUAUACAGUAUAAGAAUCUACAUAUUAAUAUAAAGAGACAGCUGUGUGUUUUAUUUUUAAUUUUGUAAAUGUCAACUUAUAUUCAUAAAUAAAUGUUUCAAUUUAUAUGAUUGUAAAUAUCACUUAACUAAUCACUCUAUUUAUGAAAAGUUUUUUUUAAUGUAAUUUAGAAUUAAACUACUGGGCCCAUGAUACCCUUCAUGCGUUGCAAUAAAAGACUUUAUUAGUUAAAAACUUAUUGCUUUAUUACAUUUGAGCGUUACUUUUUUUUAUACCAUUGAGGUGGCAAUCAAGCAUACGGCCCACCUGAUGGUAAGUGGUUACCGUAGCCUAUGAACACCCGCAAUACCAGGGGCAUUACGCGCGCAUUGCCGACCCUGAAGAAACCUCUAUACCUCGCUUCGUCAUAAUUGUAGAAUACUGACGGAUCUUUAUAUGUAAUCUUUGUCAGAUCCGUCAGUAUUCUACGACUAUGACGAUUUUGAAGUAAAAUUUGGUUAAAAUAAAUAUAUAAAUUAAGCAAGUGGUAAAUUCUAACAGACUUACCAAUAGUGCAGGAGUUUAGUUUUGAAGCGGUAUAACGGAUUUACAAUACUUAAAUAAUAUAGGAUCCUAUAUUAUUUAAGUAUUGUAAUAGUCCUUAGGAUUGGUAGCCAAAUCUCCAGACAUUAAAAGUCUAAAUGCUAAAUAAUAUUACAGGGUACAGAGGCAUAACGCCUUAGCCCUCAGAAUGGCAACGCAUGAAGGGUAUCAAGGGCGACAUUUACCACUGUCCAUGAGGCAGGUCGUCAGCCUGUUUGUCAUUCUAAGUUGCAUAAAAAAAUUAUGGUAUCGCAAACAGAGCGACGAGUUUUUUUUUUUAAUCGAAUAACUUAAUAAUGUAGACAUAGCUAUAUUUUUUACGUCUGCAGCUGAAAACCCGCUUGUGAUGCUCAAGUGAAAUAAUAUUAGUAAUAAUUCAAUGACGUACCUAUUAGCAUACGAGAUCAAAAGUUUGUGAUGUAUUGUAUUGGUUGCUUAAUAAAUAUUUACCACCA